CACUCAAAUUUCGUACUCACGCAGUUUUUGUAUACAAUUAAUCGGUAUCUCACUGUGAUUGAUACAGUUACUGAUCAGAUGAUGAACUAUCAGAUUGUUUUGUUAAUCUGUUGUUCAUUGUGUUAUAGUUACAGACGUUGACAGACGUACAUACUAUACUAAUCAAGGGUGUUUUACGAAUGAUACAGGGGAAUUACAGGACUAUGGAUUUUCUGGAACUUCGAAAACAGCAGCUGUUAUACAAUUUUGAGGAGUUUGAAAGAGAGUUUUUACCACCGUAUGACGACUCAGAGUCGGUAACAAAGCUGAAUUCAGGAAAAAAUAUGUCUUGGAUAGAAGAAAUGGAGCAGGAAUUUGUUUCUAAUCAGCUGAAUGUCAGAAAGAUUCAGGCUUCAGGUUCGAACACAUUAAUAUGGAAGCAGCUUGAGAUGUUGUCAGACCAAAUUCAUGAAACUGAAGAGAACAAAAACAUGAAACCCUCUAAUGAAGAGAACAUUGUUUACAUUGAGCUGAGUGACACAACAACUACUACUGAGUCCUCUUAUUUCAGCCUAGAGAACCUAAACAUGGAUAUCGAAUCACCAACUCAAAUUCACAACAUUGCAUACCCCCCCACACCAUCGUUAACACUACUAGAAGAGUUGGGUUAUGAGCUAACUAAAGAAAUGAACUACACUAAUGAUCCACUAAUCAUAGGAUCCUCAUGUUCAGACAUUUUAGUACCUCCUCAUGCCGAAAAUAUGAACACCUAUGACCUAAUUAACUUGGAUGAACAUCAUCUUCCACCUUUAGAUCCGUCAUUCUUAGAAUUUAUUGAUUUUGAGAUCCCGGCUAGUCUGCAAAUGGAAAUAGACAACACAGCUCACAUAAACAAAGCCACUGCUGAUUACUUUACUAAGAAAGUGGAUGGAAAUUUGAGGGUUCCGAAAGGGGUAUGUUGUGGAGGCAAAUGCUGGAGGUAUGUGGAAAGCAAGCUGAGUUCAAUGCAAAGUAUCCCUAGAGGAAGGAAGAGAAAAGGCUUUGAGCCAACGCCUGAUCAGAUUAGCCUUAAAAAACACCGCCAAAAGAUCAGGAACAGAGAAUCUGCUGCUGCUGCUUACAAAAAAGUAAAGGCUCAUAUUGAAAAGCUAGAAACGCAAAUUAAGGACCUUAAGGAGGAGAAUAACAUAAGAAGAAACUUGAUAAAGUUUAUGGAAGAUGCUUCUCAAAUACCACCGGAGAAGCGAUCUCUUGGUCGAACCACAUCAGGAUGUAUAUGACAUUCACCAAUAAUAAACUGAAGAAACACUUGGCCUAAGAUAGUGUUAUUGUUAAGGGAGCAAGAUACAUACUGUUAUGGGUCGUUUCGUACCGCAAGUGUCGUGGUCGGUUCCUAUAUUUAAGGAACAGUUAUGCCUGAGUCAUGGAAGACUUGUUGGACAAGGUCAAAGAGGUUAUCAAAGAUCAAGCAAACGAUUAGAGGAGAUCAAGGAAUCAGUUGAGCAAUUCAAGGAGCACUACUAGCAUAACUACCUCAACAAUACAAGACCUAGAGUUCUAUAUAAAUACCAUCAGUCUAUAAUGAGAAGAGAGGGGAAGACCGACGAUAAACCGACUGUCAAACUAGCACCCUCCACUAAAUACUUCCCUUCGUAAUGGUGUUAACCCCACGACAUCAUUACCUUCCUCGUAGCCCACUAACUUACGAAUGAGAGUAAGCUUCUUUCUCUUAUAUAUAUAACUCACAAAGCAUGCCACUCAAGAGAACGAACUACUAUUGUUUAUUCUAUACCUUUCCCUUAAUCCACUCUUUCUCAUAUGCCAACAUCCCUGACAUUACAAAGGCUACGCCAUAUACACCGAUGAUAAAUACUUAUUAGCAAUUACCUUUCCUGACAAUCCCUAACCCAUUAUUCUUCGUGUAAUACCUUCUCCCAUUUAUGCUUCAUUCUUAGCUAUGUCUACAUAUAUGCAAAUAAACAUUGUAUUUGUACUCGAUGGGGCUUUUUAUGCCAACAACAUAGUGGAUUGGUGGACUCAUGGCCACCCGCGAUUUUUAUCCUUUUCGGGUUUUCCGCGUCACCAUCUCUUGUCUGGCCUCUCUUUAUUUUCCGCCCUUUAUUUCUUGUUAUUUAUUUGCUAUAUUUAAUCUAGUCGUCUAUGUCCCAACCAAAGGUCGUCCAUACGAAAUUUGGCAUAAACAGUUUGGCGCCGUCUGUGGGGAGAUGGCUAGAUUUAUCUUCAAACACAUAUCCACAAAUAUCCUCACAAACACAAUAUUCGACCCACUUGGGCUCACCAAUAAAGUUACCGCCAGGUGAGGGAUUGUCGUCAUACUGUGUCGCCACCAUGAGAUGGAGCUGCGUCAGGGCACAUGUCGUCGACAUGACAGGUGUCGUCGACGGGUCAGGUGUCGUCGCGGGUCAAGUGUCGUCGGCGGGUCAGGUGUCGGCGACAGGUUAGGUGUCGUCGACGGGUCAGGCGUCGUCGACGGGUCAGGCGUCGUCGACGGGUCAGGUGUCGCCGACGGGUCAGGUGUCGCCGACGGGUCAGGUGUCGUCGACGGUCAGGCGUCGUCGACGGGUCAAGUGUCGUCAGCAGGUCAGGUGUCGUCGCCAGGCUCGUUGGUCGAUGGAAUAUGGUAUGACGUCAGGGUACAUGUCGUCGCCAGAUCAGGUGUCGACAUCAGCAGGUGUCAUCGCUAGAAGUGAUGCGUUGCAGUGGUCGAAUUCAACCUAGAUGAUGCAUAUCGUGACAACAACGACACCAACGCUUGAUGACAUCGAAAAUAGACGUCAUGGACCAUCAUGCAGAUGUCACCACAAACAAGAUACAAUAUGAGUUGUCUCGUACCUUGAUAAGAUCUCGAGACGAUUUGAUCACUUGACGUCGCGAGAAGUAUGGUAUAAAACUCAACCCCAGUGAUUUUAAUUUAAACUAAUAUUGUUUCUAGUCCUUGUUGUCACUAAAACAGAUGCGAACACGUGACGUCAUCCACCAAUGACAUGACGUCAACAAAGUUUCGUCCGACGUCACCUCCACAUCAGUCGACGACGUCUCCAAAAACGAAGGCGACAAAUGGAGAUUCAGCAACAAAUUGUCGGCAAUACUAGAUUUUGUGGCUAACUUCAGUCCAAGUAUCAAAUAGGAGAAUUUGUAGUUGUCCUGAAGUCGCCACAGGGGAGCAUAUAGUAUACUCUAUCUCAUUUAAUUUUCAUAUAGUAUACUUGAUUUUCUUUUUAUACAGUAUACUUUGCUUGUUUUAAUUUCCAAAAGCACUUUGAAAUAUAUGCUAUACGUUGUUAUCCUACUUUUUGUACUAACAUCGUCACCACUUGUCGUUUGAUCAUGUCGUGUCGCCAAGUAUUGUCUUGUCUACAUGUAUUGACGUGUCGCUUGGCUAGGUCAUGAGUACAUCAGGUGACCGACGUUAGAAUGCAGGUGACAAGGUACUGUCUUGUCUACAGGUACUGACGUGUCGCUUGGCAAGGUCGUGAGUAAAGCAGGCGACCAACGUUAGAAGUGUUACACGAGGUCACGACACGACAUGAGGUCACGACGAUACAACAUGACGCCACGACAGCAAGUCACGACAGCAGGACGCGACCAUUCUGGUUACCCCUAUGACGACAAGAAGUUUCUUGGCGUUAAACAUGGUACGUAGAAGUAAUUAUCGAACAUCUUUAUUUUAACAAUAUAUUUCUUCGUAAGUUCGCCAACAGAUCGUUGAUUGAUACAUGAAUAUCAAUGGGGGCUAAAGGUACGAACAUACUUUCGAAGUGAGUUAUCUUUUAUUUAUAAUAUACACGUAUUGUCGCUGCCACGUACAUCGCAGAUCGUGAGGGUCAUCAACACAAUCGAAUGGUAUGAGUGACUUAAUUCAUUUAUUAGUGACGUCAAAAUUUUAUAAACUAACACCUCAUAUCCUAUUGAAAUUUUCUCAUAUAUCAUCCGUGACAACUAUUUUUCAUUCA